GAAGGCACUCUGAGUGGCAGUUGAUCCACACGGCACUCAAACCCAUGCUCGAGAAAUGGAAGAAGAAACAUGGCGAAGAGAAAUGCCCCCGAACUCUAUCUCACAUUCAACGCUCCGGACUAUAUUGGUAAUAGAAUAGCGUAUAACCUCACUUGCACGCAGGCGAUUGUCUACAAAAUCCCAGAAAUCUUAAAGGAAGACGACUGUGGAAGGACAAGCAUCGUCGUGGGAUUUUCUCAGGUAGGAGAACGCUUUAGAAAUAGGGCACUGGAAAGUUGCGAGCUCAUGAAGAAAAACAACAUAAUCGUGCAUAACCUGAAUAACGGACGUAGCAACAAAGAGGAUCACUGCAGACUUGUCGCAGAAAUCGGUGUCCAAAACACAGGAUAGUCCGCGCCGCAGUGCCGUGUCGUGACGAAGGACUCGUGUGGCCUUCCUGCGGUGCAUCAAGAGGCUCCCUGGGUCACGGCAAGGCAAGCGGUGCAAGACGGACUUGCUCGGUAAAAGGACCCGGAAUGUGUCGGUCCUCAAGCUAGGACUGGA